CAAAUGCCCAUUCGAGUGGCUAAAAUAAACAUAGAAAGAGAAACACCAUCCUCCAAAGUGAAAACUAUCCAACAAGAUCUAAAAUCUACAGAGAAAGAUUUCUCUUUUCUUGAAUAUAUUUAUGGCUUUCCACUGCAAUUCAGUUCCAUGCUUCCCCUGCCAACCAGCUUGCGGUACAACAAGAAGACACAUGUCCCCUUUCUCGCUUACCCAUUUCAUUACACCUCAAAAGACUCCAUUUUUGGCCACUUCUCUCAAUUCCUCAAGUUCCAGGAUGAUUAAGGGCAUUUCUGCUGUGGUUUCUGACCUAAAUGCUGUGGAGUCUAAUUACUCUGGGAUUGAUGUCUUCAAAUUAACUUACUUGGAGGGAAAUACUUGGUUGUGGGAAGUCGGAGGGGUAAAAAUAUUGGUGGAUCCUAUUUUGGUAGGUAAUUUGGAUUUUGGGAUUCCUUUGCUUUAUGAUGCUGCCAAGAAGUUUUUGAAGAAUUUCCAGCUUGAUGAUCUUCCAGAAGUUGAUUAUCUACUGAUUACACAAAGCCUUGAUGAUCAUUGUCAUCUCAACACCUUAAGGCCCCUCUCUCAGAAGUCGCCAAAUCUCAGAGUUAUUGCAACUCCGAAUGCAAAAGGACUGUUGGAUCCUCUUUUCAGCGAUGUCACAUACUUGGAACCUGGUCAGGACUACGAUAUUGAAGCGAGCAACGGGUUUAGAGUUAAAGUGAGGGCGACUGCCGGGCCAGUUCUUGGUCCUCCUUGGCAGCGACCUGAGAAUGGUUAUCUUGUCACUUCUCCACAAGGCGCGCUUACUCUAUAUUACGAACCACAUUGCGUCUACAACAAGACUUUCCUAGAAAAAGAACGAGCAGACAUCGUUAUCACUCCUGUCAUAAAGCAACUUUUACCGAACUUCACAUUGGUUUCUGGACAAGAAGAUGCGGUUCAGCUCGCAAAGCUCCUCUCUGCCAAGUUCAUUGUAGCCAUGAAAAACGGAGACCUUGAUAGCAAAGGGAUUCUUGCUAGUCUCGUUCAGGCUGAGGGGACAAUAGAAUCAUUUAAGGAGAUUUUGUCAAAGGAAUUACCAUCUGCAAAGGUUCUUGAACCUACUCCAGGAGUACCUCUGGAUAUAUCACCUCCCACCAAUGAAUCCUAGUUGUGCCAUUAACAACAAUUUUCAUUUGUUUUGUGCAUACAAUGUGGAGGGUGUAUCAUUUAAGAAUGUUGAGAACAAUCAAAUAUAAAUGUACAAUGUAGUACUGUGUAGAAACAAAUUAAUAAUAAAUUUAUAAUAAUUUCUUGUACAUAUUUCAA